UUUUCAAAACAAAAAUUCACGGAUUCGAGCGAAAAGCAUUCGCACAUUAGCUGACCGGAAUUCGUAAAAAGCCAAAAUGCUUUCCUCCCGUGCCGCUUUGUUGGGUCGUUUUCUGCAUCGCACCGUGGCCAAUUCCCGGUCGGUGACUCCGGCCAUUCGGCAGCAAAUGGUCCGUCACGGGGGACACGAUGUUUCCUACCGGAUGAACGGUCCCAAGCCGGAAACGGCUGCCCGUGUUCUGUCGCAAGUCGCUGGAGGAUUGAUGUGGUGGUGGGUUCUGUGGCAUCUGUUCCAUGAAUACGAGCAUAUUACGGGAGAAUUCGACUACCCAGAUCCGGCUAAGUGGACCAAUGCUGAGCUGGGAAUCCCAGCUGAUGAUGAGGAAUAAAGUUUUUCGUAAAUUGAAGCGCAUGUUGGUUGUAAAUAAAAGUCCGGUAGCCCGAAAUAGA